AUGCCGGUCAUUCCCGAGUCGUCGGACUUCCCAUCUGCGCCCCAAAAUGAAAGCAAUGAGGCCGCGAAGAAUCCAGGCCAAAAACCCCAGAAAGCGACCGCAGCGGACUUUUUGUCGAAGGGACCCCAGAUUCCAGACAAUAUGCCUCCCAAGGCUUCGAAAGAGGAACUCGAGGCACGCGCGAAGGAACUGAACAAUCCAUCCAGCUGA